AAUACCAUUUGCCGUUACUGUGUGUAUCCUUUGGCCAGGAGCACCCACACACUCCUUAAAGCAUCAGUUUGGAUGUGAGAAACAAAAUCAGGCAAGAAAUAAAAAAAAGUAAGAAAGAAAAUACUGGAGUUGUAUUUUUCUAGGUAAAUCCCUAUUUAAACCACUCAGAUCUUUGGGGUUUGUACGUGUGCAAAACUCUCCAGCCUCCAGGAAAGAAGAGCCAAAGUGUUUGGAAGUGAAAAGCAAAAUCUUGGCAGGAAAUUGAAGGAUUAAAGACGACAAAGGUGUCCGUCACUCUGAGAGGAAGUGGGGGCCGCUUAAUUGGAAGUGAAAGGCAGGACAUACUCAUUAAUUAAUUGUUAUCCCCCGUUAUAAAUAGGACUUUGGCAGCGGGGGAGUGCCUGGCCCCGGGUCAGCUCUGUCCUGCCGGGAAUAGCACCUAAUCCCAGCGUCCUGCUCCCGGGAUUAGCGGGGCCGGGCUGGUCCCGGAGCACCAGCCUUGUCCAUCCUGAAUUUCCAGGAGCAGCUCAGUGAAACCGAGUCACGUCCUUUGUCUUUGGGGACCCCAGGGGGACCCUCGGGUGUGCCGAGCCUUCCUGGGAGCUUGGGGUGGGUCUGCGACGAUUUGGGGGUGUUUGAGGUGGUUUGGGUAGACCUGGAGGGGGUUUGUGUGUGUUUAGGAUGGGCUUAGGUUUGUUUUAGGGUGCAUUUAGUGCGGGUUGGAGCGGGCUCGUGUUGUUUUAAGGUAGGUUUGGGUGGGUUUAACUGUGGGGUGAGUGCGGUUGGGCUCAGUGUCAAACUGCUCCGCCCUCCCGAGCCAUUUCCACUGCUCGGGUCCCUUCGGGAGGGGAAGGACGGGCCGGGGCUGCGGGACCCCGGGGGCGCGGCUGGCGGGGCCGCUCCCGCUGCCGGACUACAGCUCCCAGCAGGCGGCGGGGCCGGACGGGGCGGAGCCGAAGCCGGGCCGAAGAGAGACCGAAGCGGGCCGAAGAGAGGCCGAAGAGAGGCCGAAGCGGGCCGAAGCCGGACCGAAGAGAGGCCGAAGCCGGCCGAAACCGGGCCGAAGCGGGCCGAAGCCGGACCGAAGAGAGGCCGAAGCCGGCCGAAACCGGGGCCGAAGUCGGGCCGAAGCUGGCCGAAGCGGGUGAGGGGCAGCCCGGUAGAGGAGCAUCCCCGCCAAGAUGAACGCGGUGCUGGCGGUCCGGCAGUACGUGUCCAAGAUGAUCGAGGACAGCGGCCCCGGCAUGAAGGUGCUGCUGAUGGACCGGGAGACGACCGGCGCCGUGAGCGUGGUGUACACCCAGUCCGAGAUCCUGCAGCGCGAGGUUUAUCUCUUCGAGCGCCUGGACUCGCCCAACAGGGAGCCCAUGAAGCACCUCAAGGCCAUCUGCUUCCUGCGGCCCACCAAGGAGAACGUGGAGCUCCUGGUGCAGGAGCUGCGAAGGCCCAAGUACAGCAUCUACUUCAUCUAUUUCAGCAACGUCAUCAGCAAGAGCGAUGUGAAGGCCUUGGCCGAGGCCGAUGAGCAGGAGGUCGUGGCUGAAGUCCAGGAGUUCUAUGGCGACUACAUUGCGGUGAACCCACACGUCUUCUCCCUGAACCUCCUGGGCUGCUGUCGGGGCCGCAGCUGGGACCCGGCUCAGCUCACCAGGACAACCCAAGGGCUCACUGCUCUGCUCCUGUCCCUGAAGAAGUGCCCCAUGAUCCGCUACCAGCUCUCCUCAGAGCCAGCAAAGCGCUUGGCCGAGUGUGUGAAGCAAGUGAUCACGAAGGAGUACGAGCUGUUUGAUUUCCGGCGCACCGAGGUCCCUCCCCUGCUCCUCAUCCUGGACCGGUCGGACGAUGCCAUCACCCCACUCCUGAACCAGUGGACGUACCAGGCCAUGGUGCACGAGCUGCUGGGGAUCAACAACAACCGCAUCGACCUGUCCCGGGUGCCGGGGAUCAGCAAGGACCUGCGGGAGGUCGUCCUGUCAGCUGAGAACGAUGAGUUCUACGCCAACAACAUGUACCUGAACUUUGCCGAGAUUGGCACCAACAUCAAGAACCUGAUGGAGGAUUUCCAGAAGAGGAAGCCAAAGGAGCAGCAGAAGCUGGAGUCCAUAGCGGAUAUGAAGGCCUUUGUGGAGAACUACCCUCAGUUCAAGAAGAUGUCAGGCACAGUGUCCAAGCACGUGACAGUGGUGGGGGAGCUGUCCCGGCUCGUGGCGGAGCGGAACCUGCUGGAGGUGUCAGAGGUGGAGCAGGAGCUGGCCUGCCAGAAUGACCAUUCCAGUGCCCUCCAGAGCGUGCGGCGGCUGCUGCAGAGCCCGCGGGUGUCGGAGCUGGACGCGGCACGGCUGGUGAUGCUCUACGCGCUGCGCUACGAGCGCCACGCCAGCAGCGGCCUCCCGGCACUGCUGGAGGAGCUGCGCGGCCGCGGCGGCACCGACAGGUACCGCAAGCUGGUGUCCGCCGUGGUGGAGUAUGGAGGGAAGCGUGUCCGAGGCAGUGACCUGUUCAGCCCCAAGGAUGCCGUGGCCAUCACCAAGCAGUUCCUCAAAGGCCUGAAGGGCAUCGAGAACGUGUACACCCAGCACCAGCCCCUGCUGCAGGAAACCCUGGACCAGCUCAUCAAGGGAAAGCUCAAGGACAGCCAAUAUCCCUACCUGGGCCCCAACACGCUCCGGGACAGGCCUCAGGACAUUAUCGUGUUCCUCAUCGGAGGGGCCACCUACGAGGAGGCUCUGGCUGUGUUCAACCUGAACCGCUCCAACCCCGGCGUCCGCAUCGUCCUGGGUGGCACCACCAUCCACAACACCAGGAGCUUCCUGGAGGAGGUCACAGCCGCAGGAUUCCGUGGUCGAAGCACUGACAGCUCCCAAGUCCCACCAAGGUCCAGCAGCCGACGGUGAAUCCUGAAGGAAUGAGUACUUUUUUUAACAUUCAGAGCUUUCCCAGAGCAGAGCAGGAUGUUCCUGCCCUGCAGCUGGAGCUUCCCCUCCACACCCAGAAUGGCAGCGAACGCUGGAGCUGGCACUAGCCCAACGACAAGGAUGUGCCCCCACUGCUGCUCCUCGUUGUCCCCUCACAAACAGCUCCAGGACUGGGAUGGUCCCCUCACAAACAGCUCCAGGACCUGAGGAGAGACUGGGAAAGCCCUUGAAUCCCUGCAGCUCCUGGCUCUUUAUGGGACGCACGGGAUGAGUCCCAUGAGGAGCCCAGUGAUGCUGCCCCAUGCUGGGGGAGCAGCUGUGGGGGCGUGGCUGGUGGGCACAGGAGCCCUUUGCUCUGUUGUCUGUAUAUGUUGAACCCUAUUAAAUCCCCCACUUUGGCCGAAUCUGUCUGCUAGAUGAUUCCCACUUUCCCUUUCCCAAGGCCACAAGGUGCAGUUACAGCCUGAGCCUCCACGGGAGCUUUUGUUCCCCUCCAGGACCACACCAAGGAACCUGCAAGUGAGUUUUCCAGCUCUGCUCCCUGGCCUCUAAUCAGCACUUGAUUGGGAAUUAACAAGCCAGAUCAAAUGAAAUGAGCUCCUAAAUCCCUGGGAAUUAUCUUGGCAUCACAGCUAAGUCCUGUUGAUGUGGGAGAGAGCAAAGCCCUGCAGGGAGGAGGGGACCUGGCCCUGGGGGUCAGCUCUUUGGGGAAGGAGGGGAGAACAAAACCUGUGCUGGGGGGAGAUUCUCUGCCCACAGCCAGGGUGGAACUGGGUAGGCAUCUGUAUGGUGAAUUUUUGGUGUCGUUGGGACAGGCAGAGCUGCAAGAAUUCCCCCUGACAAGUGACUCAGGUCUCUGACAGCCUGAGACCCCAACAGAGGGGAGCUGAGUCCCAUGCACUCCUCCAGCAGCCCCUUCCCCAGACACUAAGGCUGUAAUUGUCAUCAGAGACAAAGAAAAGCAUGUGUCCUAAUUAAACUCCACUCUCUUUCCAGGCAGCAGCUUCACACUUGAUAUCCAGAGGCAAAAUGUUGUGUGUGGGGUGUUAAAUACAUAAAUAAACCAAGAGUUUGCUGCUCU